AUGGGACGCAAAGGUGUUUUCAAAGCUAGUUUACUAGAGACAAAGUCUCAAAGCUCAAGCGAAUUUCACCAGAGCCUCUCUCUGGUGAGCGUCUCUCAAGAUGUCGUUGGAUCAUCUCCACCCACGGCCGCCCCUCUCGUGUCGUCCUACAACGACCGCAUCCGGCCACUCCUCGACGCCGUGGACCGCCUCCGCCACCUGAAGAUCAUGCAGGAGGGCAUCCAGCUCCCCACCAUCGUCGUGGUCGGCGACCAGUCCUCCGGCAAGUCCAGCGUCCUCGAGUCCCUCGCCGGCAUCCGCCUCCCCCGCGGCGACGGCAUUUGCACCCGCGUCCCUCUAAUCAUGAGCCUCAAGAAUCACACAAGCCCCGAGCCUCAGUUGUUUCUAGAAUUCAACGGGAGAACCGUCCAGACAGAUGAAGAAAAUGUUGUGAAUGUGAUAAACUACGCUACUCAAGAGAUAGCCGGACAAGGGAAGGGCAUCUCCAACACUCCAUUAACUCUCGUCGUCAAGAAGAAAGGCGUCCCCGAUCUCACCAUGAUCGAUCUCCCCGGGAUUACAAGGGUCCCGGUGAAAGGCCAGCCGGAGGAUAUCUCCGAACAGAUCUCCAGCAUUAUCAUGAAUUACAUAACUCCGGAGGAGAGUAUAAUUCUGAAUGUGCUGUCAGCCGGCGUCGAUUUCCCUACUUGCGAGUCCAUCAAGAUGUCGCAGAGAGUGGAUAAGACGGGGCAGAGGACGCUCGCCGUAGUAACAAAGGCUGAUAAAAAUGCGGAGGGGCUGCUGGAGAAGAUCGUCGCCGACGAUGUCAACAUCGGCCUUGGAUACGUCUGCGUCAUCAACCGCGUCGGCGAUGAGUCCUACGAUGAGGCUCGGGCUAAGGAGGCGCGGCUGUUUGAGACGAAUCCCAUGCUUGCCAGGAUUGACAAGUCAAUUGUUGGAAUUCCGGCUUUGGCUGCACGCCUGACUGCGAUUCAGGCCAACAUUAUCGUGAAAUGCUUGCCUGACAUUGUUCGCAAAAUCAACGAGAAGCUCUCUGCCAAUGUGGAAGAGCUCAACAAAAUGCCUAAGAAUAUGAGCUCUGUUGGUGAGGCGAUGACGGCCUUCAUGAACAUUCUAGGGAGUGCGAGGGAAUCUCUCAGGAAGAUUCUGUUGCGGGGGGAGUUUGAUGAGUACCCAACUGAUGAUGAUAUGCACGCUACUGCGAGAUUAGCGGAGAUGAUGAACAAGUACUCGGAGGAGCUGCGGUCUGCAAAAACUGACGACGGGAAUGAGAAGUUUCUUAUUGAUGAAAUCAAAGUGUUGGAGGAGAGCCGGUCAGUGGGGCUGCCGAAUUUCAUCCCUAAAUCGGCUUUCCGCAGUUUGUUGGCGAAGAAGGUGAAGGAGGUGUCGGGUACGCCGUUUGAUUGUGCUGAGAGGAUGUGGAGCUAUGUGCAGAAUGUAGUUAUUGCAGUGCUGGUACAGCAUUGCGAUAACUACCCUCAGCUCAUAUCUUGCACGAGGCGGGCUGCGCAGAAUCUGAUAUGGAGGAAGAAGGAGGUGUCGGAGGCGUACAUAAGCGAUUUGGUUGAGAUGGAGAAGCUCUCAGAUUACACGUGCAAUGGGGAGUACACGGCCUCGUGGAACAAGCUGAUGGCAGAGCAGGGCGGGUUCAUGGAGAAGGUCCGGGGCAAGUGCACGGAGGCGAAGGUGAGCAGGUUUGGGGAUGUUCAUGUUGAGCAUCUUUGGGAUCAAAAUGAGGAUGAGGUGCGGGUGGCGUAUGAUCUGAAGAUGAGGAUGGUUUCGUAUUGGGAGGUUGUGACGAGGCGGAUGGUUGAUAAUCUGGUGCUGCACUUGCUGUUUAGUGUACAGAAGCUCGUGAACAAGGAGGUGGAUAAGGAGAUCAUCGAUGAAGUGAUGGGGCCGCAAGGGAAUGGGCUCGAGAGGAUGCUGGAGGAGUCGCCGUCACUGUCGGAGAAGAGGAGCAAGUUGCAUAGCAGCAUUGCCUUGCUCAAGCAGAGUAAGGAUAUUGUUGCUACCAUGAUGGACAACAUUUCUGCUUAACUUCACUAGCUUUGCUUAUUUAGC